GAUCGUUGCUUAAUAAGGCAGCGUUAGCUGUGUAUCUCUCAGUGAAGCAAAUAUAAAGGCUUUAACACGAUGCUAUUUUAUAUCUCACUUGUAUUUAUCAUGUUUCCAGUGGUGACUUUUUCACAAACACAAGCAUGUGUAAAACUGACGCUUGUACCUUUACAAGAAAAUGUUAUAUCGCUGUUAGAAAACAGCUUUCUCAAUGUAACAUUUGGUAUAGACGCCUCAAGCUGUCCCUUCAGGACAUCAUAUGCAAUAACCGUAAACACAAGAACACUAGAUGGUAAGUCUGAGUACGAUGGGUCAAUGACCUUGUUGGACGGCACGUGCAGUGAUACACGAAACACAUCAGUUCGUUGCAUCAGCCCCACGGGGCCUGGACAGCUGUACAGGAAAGUAAACAGAUCUCAUGUGCAGACACAGUGGGAAUGGAAGUGGAAAGACCCUCAAUCUGGUCGUUUUAUGAAUAAUCGAAAAGAGCUAAACCUUAAUGUUUUAUACACACCCAGUGUCAUUAGUAUGACAAUUAAUGGACAUGAAGCGAAUAGCAGGCAACUUAUUAACGAGGGUCAGAUCAACAUUUCCUGUUUGUUUGACAAAGGGAACCCUCCCGCUGAUUGUUCUCUGCUGGAUAGAAACAGAAAGCAACUGCAUCACUUGAGAUCGGAAAACUUACUCAUUUAUUCUCUUACAGUUCAAUGUCAGGACGAGUGGCCAGUUUUACACUGCGAAGGAAAAGGCUCUGACAAGAAUAGAUCGGUGUCUUUACUUGUUAAGUGUCGUCCUCAGUUUGUAGACAAACACCCAAAGGUCAUCAGUGAUACAGAAUAUGAAAAGUGGAUUUUUAACGUGAGGGCUCACACGACCAAACUUGAGAGCUGUUUUCUGAGUUCGUUGCCAUUGGAAGAGAACUCAAACAAGGAAAUAAAGUGUACACUGACUGGUGACCCACCUGACCUGCUGUUGACCGUUGACCUUAACAAGGAAGAUAGCGACAAGGAAGGAGAAUGGACACUAAGUCUCCUUAAUGAGAAAGGGUUUUCAGACCCAUUGGUCUUCAGUAAAAUCUCCCGGUCGACAAACAUGAUUUUACUGAUGCUACGGAUUCUACGGUUUUCUACACACUUGGCGUAACGCGCGAGGAGAUGGGGUACAUAGGGUAAGUACACUUGAGCCUACAUUAAUCAUCUUUAGUUUUCUAUCUAAUGUCAGCUUACUAAAGCGAAAAGGUAACAAAACAGUUUUCGUAGGAUGGUCUGCGAUGGUUAUAUUUGAAAUGUGCAUAAAUCUUUACAGGACAAGUCGGUCGCUUCAUCUUAUUAUUGACAGCUUCAUUUACUUCCUUGUCACUACUUCCUUAACUGUUUGUAGCUAGUACAAAAUUACACGCUCCGCAUCUCUACAAUCUAUUGCUGUGCAUUUAAACAUUUUCCAAUGGAUGCUUGGAUAAUACCGUACACGUGCAUAACCUUUAAAAUCUUAAUAGGCCACUUCCCCCCCCCCACACACACACACAGGAAUAUAUUUGUGUGGCGAAGUGGGUGGUUGUGUUUUUAAGUCUUUACAUGAAUGCCUUCUAGUUGUGUUUUAUAUGAUUUAAAUUAAGGUGUGAUCUAUUGUGAAAGAAAUACGAACCUUAUAAUUAUAUUCAUUCUUUUUUUUUUCAGGGGCUAGGCUGUGAAGUUGAUUCUCGCUCAUACCUUGGACAUUCAGGAUCUAGGAACACCAAAAUCACUAGGACACUAUCUGAUAAAAGUAGCUGACUGCAGUCGUGAUACAAUUGAAAAAACAUUGGCAAAAGAUAAAAAAAAUCGUAUUCCAGGCACGCCUUGUAUCUUCUUCGACGACUGCUUAUUCACCAGACUACUGGACACUAUUAUAAAGCACACAGUGGAACAAGCGAGGAUGAAAAUUACCUCGGAUAUCAGAAAACUGAUGUUAUUAGUUAUAUUGUUAGAAUUACAUGGUUCGUAGAAUUGCAAUUUUUAUUACAUUGUUCUUGUUUUACUGCUGGCAUGCAAAUUUUGUAAAACUCUGUAUGAUCUCUUAUCCUUUUUCUUUCUCUCUAGGCACCUCCCUUCCCUUUAGUCUUAAAUUUACUAUUUUAUUGUGCUUUUUGCAAUGCAUGUCUUGCAUCUUAUUGCAUGUUUGCUUAACCAAAAAAGUGUUGAAAUACAUAUGUGAUUGGGAAAAAAUAUAGCAUAUGGUAAUUUACAAAAUAACCUAGAGACCACGAAAGUUUAAACCAUGGAACGAAAAACACCUCACCACAAAUUUAUAAACAAAAUAAGUUUAUCAAAAGGUUAAUUUAAAAAGAUAAGAAAAAUAUUUUGGACACAGUAGCUAUAAUAUUUCUAAUAAAGAUGAAAAGAUGGCUUUGAAACAUAUAACCUCAAAAAAUAAGUAAUAUGUGUAGGGUGUCCAUGAUGUUAUAUCUGACAAUUAAAAAUUCGAAAACUGUUUCCUUUAACUGUCUUUCUGGCUGUAUAUCUUAAGAGAUGACUUGUAACAUGAAAAAUCUAUCCUAUUAGAGUUACCUUUGAGUGAGCUUCAAAAAAGGAACUUGGUUGCAGUUUACAGAAAGACGACGAGAAGUGAUAAAAUUAUUCCACUUAUCAAGGUUUAGACAGGUCACAGAUUCUUCGUUGUCACGUCAAGAAAGGAUUUGCCGAUGAUAUUCAAGUGAAGAUCAAAAUGCGAUUCUACUUUACGAAGCCUCCAAUUAGCUUUAUAACUGUCUACAAGAGCACAGGUUUUUUUUUACCUGCGCACCAGGUAAAAUAAGAAUGUCAGUAACUAAAAUAUCUCCAUUUUGUUGAAUACGAAUUGGAUCAGAAUACAACUAUAAAGUGUUCUUUUAUAUUAACUUGCUUCGGUCGAGCCAUUGUGUCUGCUGGAUUUAGAACGGUGAGAAGGUUAAUCGAAAGGUGUUUGCUCAUAUGCGUGAACCUUUUAAUGUUGGGCUACAAGUAUACUGUAUUGUCUUAGAGUGAUAAUAUAUUUAGUAUGUUGUUUAAUUUUCUGAUAUAUGUGGAUUCAUUAAAUUGUUUGUGUAAAGUUCAUGAUUUAGGCAAAGAAUUGUUGAUGAGAUUUGGUAACGGAACAAAUGAGCCUAGAGAUCAGAUAGACUGCACAUGUAGUAUGCUGGUACAAGACGUGUGAUUAAUGGCGAUUUUUUACUGAUAGAUGCAAUCAGUGGGUGUGAAGACUCAGGAGGGAAGACUUGCUAAAGAAAGAUGUAGCACUCCUGUUUAAGUCUGGCUGCUGCUCAUGCAGUGACCAUUAUGACUACUAACAGUUUAUGAAGUUGGCUAAGAAAAAUAAGCUGACUUGGUGUGAUAAGGACUGUGCCAUCACUUUUCAACGUUCCCAACUCACUACCAACUGUCACACCAAGAAUAUAUCAGGGCAGAAUUCAUCAGCUAGCAAGAAUAGAGAUAUAUCAGGUGUGUAUUGUGUGCAUAUAUAUGGGUCACGACUGUUUUUCCCCACAUGUGCUUGCGCAAUGUCCUGCAUUUGGACACCCAUACUUGUGUGUGUGUCCGCACCUGUAUACACAUUUUAAAGUAGACUACAAGCGAAUGUUGUACAUAAAUCAUAGAAACUGCUCAAUCUAUUAUUUAGUUUUUAGCAAUUAUAGUAUGAUAAUUGUCAGUCUCUAAUUUCAGUAAAGAAAAGUAACAGAUCAAGAGGGGACGAUUGAUCAUGAAAAAAAACAAGCAAGAAAACAAAAAUCCACAGAAACAGAAAGAUGGAAAAAAGUAAAGAAAGGAAGCAAGAAAAACUGUGCAAAUCAAAUCUGGAUUUUAUUAAAAAAAAUUUCCAGACACAUAAGUUUCAAAUUUGUUACAACAGCUUUCCCCUAUUGUUUCCUCAGUGUCUUCUUUUGUCAGGCGAUGUCACACCGUACACACCCACACUGAUGUGAUGUCAAGCCUUACAAGAUCAUUAUGUCGGUGCAUACUUUAUGCAUUUUAUGACUAUAAAUUUCACCCUUCCAGUAUAACAAUUCACCGGAGAUAUCUUAAAAGAAAUAAUCUGAUGAGUUUUUGUGUAAACUUUUGCAUAUGCUGCAAGUAUUUUGUUUCUGCUUCUGUAGACAACAGAACCACCUUAAAGAGUGAGAUGGAGGAAAAUCACACGGAAUGAAGGGCAUAAUUAGUAAAUCAAACUUUUCCUUCAGUCUUAUUUUCAAUGCUAUUACUUCAAGGAAUUUCAACAUUUGCUAGCUGAUCAUUCUAGCAUUGAAAUCUUUUUUUUUAACCCUAUAAAGUUCUCAAAUACAGGAUUAUAUUUAACCAUGUUUUGUCAUGCUACUAUCCUCGAUCGAGCUUAAAACGAUUAAUGUUUCUAUAUUAUUUUCUGCUAGCAGUAAUGAUUUGCACACAUUUUGCAUUGUUAUGCUUCUAAUUGCUUUAUACUUGUCUGGUUUUUCAUUUUAUGUCUUUCUUUUAAGCAAGUUUCUUGAACAAACAGUCACCACACUAAACAUAUCAUAAUGUCUUAUUUGUCUGUUUAAUUGUGCCUUUGAAUUGGUAGUGAACAUGCAUAGUUAAAGAGUUUAGAAUAGAUUUUACAUUUAAUUAACUAAUCUUGUUCCUAGUAACAUUUGUUCUGUGGUACCAAUAGAAAUAAAGAUAAUGAAUCUCCAUGAAUGUAAACUCAUAAUAUUCUUACAUUUCCUUUGUUAACAUUCAUAUAUUAUUGACUCAUCCAAAUAAAAACCAUACCUUUAAUGCAUUUCUUUGAUCUUUGAAAAGCUUAAAAGUUAUCAGUUAGCUUGAGUUAAAUAUAUUUAUUAGUUAAUAGAAAAUGGAAAUUCUGUAACAAGUGAACAGAUUUUUUUAGCCACUUUGCCUUUACCUGAAAAUUCCUGACACAAUGUCUACUUUUAUUGCAUCUUGGCAUGGCUACAAGUAUUUUCUUCCUCGCUCUUGUGUCAUUUUUAAUUGCAUUUAGGAAUCAGAAUAUCUUUCUCUUGAUCUUUCUCUCUCUCUCUCUCACACACACACACCUCUGUACAAGAUGAAACUAACAGACACAAAACACAGAGACAGACUUAAACUCAGAUUUAAACUCAUCCUUGUACAAGAAUAAGUACAAGAGCUUGUGUUCAGAUAUGUCAUUUCUAAUUAACAAUAAAACUGUUUCAAAUA